AUGUUCUUCAACCCAAAUACGUCUUUAGAGGUGAAGGAUAGGUUAAGGGCUAUUCUUAAUGUCACCAUCUUUGAGGAUCCGGGCAAGUAUCUUGGGCUUCCAACUAUAUGGGGCCGAUCGAAAAAGAUGGUGUUGGCUUUCGUAAAGGAUAAAAUUCUGGGAAAAAUACAGGGUUGGAAGCAUGGCUUACUCUCUCAAGCUGGCAGGGAGGUCUUGAUUAAGUCUGUUGCCCAGGCCGUCCUGUCUUACCCUAUGUCUGUUUUCCUCUUCCCGAAUGGUUUCUGUAAGGAGAUUGACAGUAUUUUGGCAAAUUUCGAGUGGGGUCAAUCUCAGCAAUCAAAUAAAAUUCAUUGGAUCAGUUGGAAGGACCUUGGCAUGCCUAAGAAUGAAGGGGGAAUGGGCUUCCGCAACCUGAAGGAUUUUAAUGUUGCCUUGUUGGCAAAACAAGGGUGGAGGAUGGUGAUGGAACCUCAGGCCUUUUGGGCUCAGUUGCUAAAAAGUAAAUAUUUCCCAAAUGGUGAUUUUCUCCGGGCCGGGAAGGGGGCUAAGUCGUCCUGGGCUUGGUCUAGCUUGCUGUGGAUCCCUAGGUGUCCUGAGCAUGCUCUGCAAUCUAGCCAUCUCAGCCAUGUGGAUUUGGAGGCCAAGGUUGAGACUAUUAUUGACUGCCAAUCUCGUGAAUGGAACUUGGAGGCUAGUGGUGGUAUGUUUUCACCAAAUGCUGCAAAAAUUAUCAGAGCCAUGCCUUUGGGUGAUGGUUGGGAGAAGGACAGGCUUAUCUGGCCUCUAAACCAGACGGAUAUUACACUGUCAAAUCUGGCUAUAACAUGA